GAGAAUCGGUGAAAGCAGCACGAUCGCUCGGCAAUCGGCAAUUCCGGAUAACCUCCUCCCACCCACUACGAACGAGUGCGGCGUAGGGCAUCGCUUUGCGUCCGAGAAUUCUUCCCGUCUUCUUCAACCGGCUCGCGCAGGAGGUUAAGGUUAAGUUCAGAUCGUGAGCUUUUGGAUUCGACGAUGAGUCCGGCCGACGACGCCCGAUCGGAGAUCGCGUUCUUCGACGUGGAGACCACGGUGCCGACCCGGCCGGGGCAGCGGUUCGCCAUCCUCGAGUUCGGGGCCAUCCUGGUGUGCCCCAGGAAGCUGGAGGAGCUCCAGAGCUACGCCACCCUCGUCCGCCCCUCCGACCUCUCCCUCAUCUCCUCGCUCUCGGUCCGCUGCAACGGCAUCACCCACGACGCCGUCGUCUCCGCCCCCGGGUUCGCCGACAUCGCCGACAAGGUCCACGACAUCCUCCACGGGAGGAUAUGGGCGGGGCACAACAUAUUGAGGUUCGAUUGUGCUCGGAUUAGGGAGGCGUUCGCCGAGAUCGGUAGGCCGGCGCCGGAGCCGAAGGGGACGAUCGAUUCGCUGGCGUUGUUGACUCAGAAGUUUGGAAGAAGAGCUGGUGAUAUGAAGAUGGCCACCUUGGCAACAUACUUUGGACUUGGACAGCAAACUCAUAGGAGUUUGGAUGAUGUGAGGAUGAAUCUGGAAGUUCUUAAGUAUUGUGCAACAGUUCUGUUCUUGGAAUCAAGUCUCCCAGACAUAUUCACAACAAACAGUUGGAUUUCCCCUAAUGCUACCACAAGAAGUCGUAGUAAUGGAAAAUUAUCAAAUGGAGGAAGCUCAGUAAGUUCCUCAACGUCUCGUCAAAAGAUCGAAAGUGAUCGGAUACUCUCUCUCGCAAAUCAGAGAGUGGGAGAAGCCCAUCCGAUAUUCUCUCUACUGACUGCCAAUGCAGAUGAGGGGGUCAAGUCUGAUACAGUUAAGGCAGAUGCUUUUAGCAUGGAUUCCCUCAGUGUUGAUUUGAGAGCAGAGCCCCUUCUAUCAGAUGUUGCUAUGGAAGAACAACCCGAUAACCAGGAUUCAGACAUUUCCGUUUCCUCUCCAGCAUCUGCAUCUGAGGGUUGCAGUGGCUAUGCUGGGUUCUUAGAGCCUGAAGAAGUAUCUAUCCCUUCUAUCCGUGCGUCCCUCGUCCCUUUCUAUAGGGGUAGUCAAAGAAUACAGCUUUCGCAUAAAGGUGCAAUUUUGCAGCUUUGCUGCAAUCAUUUGAGAGUGCGGUUUGGUAAUAGUAACAAGUUUCUUAAUAAUGCUGGUCGGCCAAAGUUUAGUUUCGUGGUGGAUACAUCUCCAACCUUAUGUCAGGUGCUUGAUGCAUGUGAUGGAAUUGCACAGAAACUAUCUAUUGAUUCUGGUAGCAGCUCUGAGUGGAGAUCUGUCGUGAGUAGGAAAAAUGGCUUCAUGAAUUCUCCGACUAUAAGACUGCACAUUCCAACUGUUAAUGCAGAUAUCCCAAGAUACGAGACUGAGAUAUACCGAAAAGAAUCUUCCGGCAGUUCAGAAAAACUUGUUUUUAGUCAGCGUGAUGCUGCUGAGAUCGAGCCCUUGAUCAGUACUGGAACCUUUGUGGAUGCUUGCUUCUCUUUGGAUCACUACGACUAUCAACAGAAUGCUGGCAUCCGGCUAGUGUUAAAGAAGUUGUUCAUUUACUCGAACUGAUCUAUCCUGAUAGAUGAAUGUUUAACUUAUAAGCAGGGGUUUGUCUGCUUUACAAAUUGUACCAAUUAGACUAAUCCUAACUGCUGUAGCAGUUUCUGUCGUCUGCCUAAUUCUUUGCUGAUUUCAGAUCUUAGGACAAUGUUGAAACAUCCAAUUGAAUUCAAAUGAAAUGUUUGUAUAGUUAUUUGACUGGA